CUGAGAGCAUUCGCACGCAAAGCAUUCUCGCGAUUCUAGUUACAGCUGGCUCACAGGUCCAGCGGUGCGUCGCGCAACUUCGAGUGGUCUUCGGCAGCAGCAGUCACGGCCGCCAUCUGUCGCAGUCCUCCGCCGCACUGCGACAUCUGCAUAUCAGCACACUCUCGCAGCACGUUCUGUGCAGCAAUAGCCCACACUAUCGCGCACCUCUCCUCCUCCAGCCACCACCACCUCCGCCGCCGCCUCCUCCCGUGGUUCGCCAUCCGACCCAUACCUUACGCUUCGCAAGACAUAAUCAGCAACGUAUAAUACGCUACCCAUAAUUCCAAAGGCCAUAGCCAAGAUGAAGACGCUGCCUGCUCACGCCGAUACCCCGCUGGGCUCGAGACCCAGACCUCUCGAGGCACGUAUCCAAGUCGUGAUGAAAGUAUUCCGAGAUGGCAACUUCCACACAGCGCGUGGGAAGCUGCUUACGAAGAUCGAUGACGCGGUGCAGGGGAAGGUGGGUAAGAUGAGGGACGAUAAAGCUUUGAUCAUAGCCAAGCUGGUGGAGGAGUUGAAAGCGAAGCUUGCGAUAGACGGUGACGACGAGGCCUGUUUUAUCGAGAAGGCGCAGCAAUUUCUAAAGCUUGAUGACUCUACAGCGUGGCGUAAGUAUUGCUUCGGUUUUAGUAUGAAAGGUUCAUGCUUACAAGAUACAGUCCGCAAUUGGUUCUACGAGGCAUCCUCUGAUACCGGACCGGCAAGAGCUGCCACGAAGACAGCGGUUGAGAAUGCGAACAAGCCGACUGUGAAGCCACCAAGCGGUACUCAAGGCCGAGUCCGCGAUACCACGGUAGAAUCGCCGGCCAGUCAGUCUAACCAAGGACCCCAGCACAAGCACCGACAGUACUCGCAGAGCGAAGGGCUCCAAAGGUUAUCGCAGAUGCCUCCCGUGGCAGACUCUGUGGGGCUCACACCCGGUACUUCCGCAAUGAUGUACAGCAGCUCCUCAGCCGCGGCACAUCCCCGUGUACGACGCGCAAGCGAUAGUGCGACGUUGUGGAGCAGGAUCGCUGCCAUGUCGCCUUGCCCCCGUUGUGGUCGCCCGUGGCAUGCCCAUGAGCCAGUGGUGACAGAUGUGUCGACAACGGCAAGAGAAGCAGCGCUCAUCGCGCAGUACAACUCCGUCGUUGGCCAGGGAGCUGCUUCAGGCCGUGAUCAAGUGGAGUUGACUGAAUCUACUGGCGGCAUAGGCAACUUCCCAGGUGGAUACCUAAGAGUGGGACUGAUCCCAGAGACCCAUAUCGUCCAAGAAAUAGUGGUUCGCCAUGCGGUUGUUGUUCCACAGCCGGUUCGACAGGAGACGCACCACUUCUACCAUAUUCCUCUCCUGGACUGUGUCUUCUGCGCACUCAUGUUCUUGGCAUUCCUUCUUGCGUCCGCAUAUCUGCUGGAGGGGUUGGUAGGAGCAUCGAAAUAGCCUUGGUAAUCCUGCAUCCUCCAUCAGCGUCUGUAUCUAUGUUUCUUUCUCUAAGCGGCAUACCAUC